CAGCCUGGGGGGAUGAAUUAUCACUUUGUCUGAAUCCCAAGCAUAUAUGUAUAGAAAUUAGGAAAGCUUUGGAAAAAGCUGGAUCUACCGUGUGGCCAAUCUCAAUCCGGUUGAAAUCAUGGAGAGGGAUACAGCCACUUCUGGUGGAGAAUCCGGGGCAGACUAUCAGGUGUUCUUGAGUUUUAGAGGACCAGAUACUCGUCGAGGCUUCACCGACUGCCUAUAUCAUUUCCUGACGAGUGCUGGGAUCCGCGUCUUCAGGGACGACACGGACCAGCCUCUUGGAGCAAAGAUUGAGAAGAUCUUGGAUGCGAUCGACUGUUCAGUGAUAGGCAUGCCCAUCUUCUCCAAAGAAUAUGCGUCCAGCAAGUGGUGCUUGCGCGAGCUCAGAAGAAUGGUGGAGCUCAAGAAGACAAUCAUACCGAUCUUCUACGACGUAACACCGAACGAUGUCAAGCUCAAGACAAGCUUAUAUGCCGAUGCCCUCGAGGCGCAUGCAUCGACGGCUUACCAAAAGAUAAUGCAGCGGCAGACGGAAGAUCUGAGUUCUGAGAACAAGGAAACAAAGGGUGCGGAAACUGAGUCUGAAGAAGUUGAACACUGGAAAAAGGCCCUUUUGGAAGUUGGAACUCGGUCGGGACGAGAAUUAAGACAAAACGGGUUUGGAGAGUUUUGUAUCGCAAUUACGUCGGAGGUUUUGACGAGAUUGAAGGCAAAAGAGAAAAUUAUUACUGGCCAAUUGGUUUCAAUGACUGACCAAGUCGAAGCUGUAAUGAAGUUAUUGAAUGUGGACUCUCCAGAUGUACGGUUUGUUGGAAUCCAUGGGAUGGGAGGUAUUGGUAAGACAACUCUUGCAAAGUUGGUCUUCAAUGAACUCUCAUGUCGCUUUGAAUAUUGCAGCUUCAUCAAUGAUAUUCGAGAGUUAUCAAAAGGUGAACCUACGAAAUUGCAAACAAAAUUACUUGUUGAUCUUCUUUGUAAGUUUCCAAGCGUUUCUGACAAUGAGGAUGGUGUUAAGAAGAUUAGAGAGAUGCUUCGGACCAAAAAAGUUCUUCUCGUUCUUGAUGAUGUGGAUCAUACGGAGCAGAUUGAUAGACUAGCUGACAAUUCUAGUUGGUUUGGCUCAGGAAGUAGGAUCAUUAUUACGACAAGAGAUAAGAGCACAAUUGAACGAGAUCCAUCGCGCAAAAUUAUGCAGUUUGAAAUGAUGGAAAUGAAUUACUACCAGGCUCUCCAACUUUUUAGUAAGCAAGCGUUUAAGGAAGACUUCCCUCCCACCGAUUAUCUCGAUCUUUCAAAGGAAGUUAUCUCUGUCGUUGGAAAGCUUCCUCUGGCUCUUGAGAUUAUAGGUUCACAUCUUCAUGGGAAACAAAAAGAUGAGUGGAAAGAAAACAUUAGAACAUUGGCAAGAAUACCUCACAAGAAUGUCCAAAAGAAGCUGAGACUAAGUUAUGACUCAUUAGAAUAUCGGGCACAACAAGUAUUUCUUGAUAUUGCAUGUUUUUUCAAUAACAAGGACAAGACAAAUGCGAUGUACAUGUGGGAGGCUUGCAAGUUUCAUCCAGAAUCAGCUAUCGAUGAUCUUGUUUCCAUGUCAUUGAUAAAGAUCAUAGAUCAUGAGACAUUCUGGAUGCAUGAUCAACUUCGAGAUCUUGGAAGAGAAAUAGUUUGUUUGGAGAAUUUCAUCGAUUUUGGAAAGCGUAGUAGAUUGUGGGAGCACAAGGAAGCCAUUGCUAUGCUGAAGAGAAGAGAGCAGGGAACAAGAAAAGUUCAGGCACUUUGUCUAUCUGAAGAUUCAUCUUUCUUUGGAUAUGAAGAAUUGCAAUGCCUAAGAAAUUUGAGAUUCCUGGAAUGGCAUGGGAUUAAGUUUCAGGGAGACUUGAAGCAUGUCUUCUCGAAAUUAAUAUGGUUUUCUUGGUAUGUUUGUCCAUCAGACUAUGCGGCGACCAGUUUGAAUCUUGAGAGCCUAGUCAUUCUUGAACUCUCGAGGAGUAACAUCAGUGAAAACUGGGAAGGAUGGAGCAAGAUAAAGGUGGGAGAUGAGCUAAAAGUUCUUGAUCUCACAGGGUGCAAAGAAUUAACUCGAAUACCUGACAUCUCAAAAUACAGGACUUUAGAGAGAUUGAUUCUCGAAGAUUGUGAAAAGUUAAUUGAAAUUGAUGGCUCUAUAGGCAGUUUAAAGUGCCUCAAGUUUUUGAAUAUGAAGGGGUGCCAUGCUCUCGGUAGUUUUCCAGAAGAGUUGUGUUCUUUAGAUGCUCUUGAAGUGAUUAUCAUGAAGGGGAAAGGUGGGAAUUUCAGCAUACCGGAACUAAUCGGGGAUUUAAUAUCUCUUACGAUCCUUGAAAUAGUUGGAGUACAAAUUCACGAACUUCCACGCUCUAUUGGCAGAUUGGGGAAGCUCAAGCGGCUAGCCUUAUCCAAGUGUACUGGCAUAAACGAACUUCCUGGAUCUGUUGGGAGUUUGGAUUCAUUAGUGGAGUUGGAUCUUUCAGAGACAGAUAUCGAAAGAUUGCCCAAUUCCAUUGAAGGAUUAGCGAUGCUUCAGUUCCUGCACCUAAAUCGCUGCAAAGAGCUAAUAGAGCUUCCAGAGUCAAUCGGAGAUUUGAAGUCAUUGACUGAGUUGGAUUUAUCGUGGACCAAAAUAACCGACUUACCUGAAUCAAUUGGACAGUUAAGAGAACUGAAGGUGCUAGGAGUUACGCAUUCCAAGAUCAAAAAGUUACCCAAGACAAUUGGGAGAAUGGUGAAACUUGAAGAAUUGCAUGCUAGUGAGUGCCAUUCGAUGGAAAAAGUUCCGAGGAAUAUUAAAAAGUUGCCUCGUUUGAGAAUCCUCGACUUUUCAGGUUGUGACGCCAUCAGCAAAGUUCCUUCGUUAAGUAAGGUUUCUUCAUUACAAACACUUCGUUUGGAAGGUUGUCACAAACUCAGCAAACUACCGAAGCUUCCCCAAAGUCUAACUACACUGAAUGUGGCUUCUUUGUCGUUGCGAAAACUGCCUGAUUUCUCAAAGCUAGAGAGGCUGAAUUCAUUGAGGUUAUCUGACCGUAGUGACAUCCACACUCGAAGCAACUUAGAGAAUUCAAACCUGGAAGGGAUCGAAAAAUUAACCAAACUGUUAACGCUGCAUUUGAAUCUCUCAAAUCUCACCAGUAUACCGACAAAUUUCAGUAGCUUCACUCAUCUUAAGGUAUUAGUUAUAGCGUGUUGGGGUGUUGAUUACCAGGUUCCGCAGCUUCCACCAACCCUAUCGCAUCUACGCCUUGAAUACGUUGACGUCGAGACCAAAUUACCCUGUCUCGUCCACUUGAAGAAUUUGGUGUGGCUGGAGUUUGUGAACUGGUCAGUACAAGAUGGAUUACAAAGCCUUGGAAUUCAAGAGUUACAUUCAUUGGCUUUUUUCUCGAUAGCAUCCUGCGGCAACUUCAGAACUCUGGAAGAUAUCAAACUGCCAAAGAGCUUGGAAAAAUUGUGGAUAGAAAACUGUAAUUCUCUCGAGACCAUGCCUAAGCUGUCAGAGUUGCAAAAUCUUAAAGGUUUAAUCAUGUCAGACUGUGAGAAACUUACUGAGAUAUGCGGUCUAGGGGAACUCCUAUCAUUGGAAGAAUUAAGGAUAUAUAAUUGUGGAUCGCUCGGGACUAUAUCUGACUGGUCAGGCCUCCGAAAUCUUAAACACCUGAAUAUAUCGAGUUAUCCGCAAUUGACUGAAAUACCCGGUCUGGGAGAGUUAAAAUCCCUGGAGACUUUAUGCGUAACCGGUUGCUUUUCCUUAAAAAAGUUAAGCAACUUUUCAAUGCUAAUAAAGCUAGAGGAGCUCGAAAUUUAUGAUUGUGAUAACCUCAGUCUGAUAGAAGGCCUCAACAACUUAUCUUUGAGAGUACGGGAAAUACACUGCAGUAGGAAUCCCAAAAUAACUUAGGUUCGGGGAGUCAUCUUCUUGUGUAGCUGUAUGAAGAGAUUGAAGAUAAUGAACUUGGGAUAUUUGAAGGCUACUGACAUAGCAGUUCAUUGUCUGUAACUCAGCCAUUCUCCUCAACCAUGUGCGAACAAGAUUGUAUUUCCUGAACUGAUGAGUUGCUCUCACGAGUUUAUCCCAAUCUAUGCUAAGAUUCUUGGAAACUGUUCUGAUGGCCUCGUAGGGAUAAGCUAGCGAUUUAUCACUGUAUGAGGAGCUCAUAAGCUAGCUUUAAAGACGCGAUUGCCAUGAUUUGUAUUUAAAAGCAUUUGGGACCUUUAAUAAGUUAAAUAACUAAUUCCUUGAAAUAUAAUAUGUCGAGAUGCUCACUACCA